AUGAGUGGAAAGGCAGAUUUGAUCAACUAUGCAGUGGUUUACGCGCUCCAACACACGCUGCUGUGGGUGUUCGGUUGGUCCGAGCUGAGCUACGUCGGUUGCCACCGAUCGAAAAGCCGGCAAAAGUAUCCGCAGUCACCGGAUGGACAAACGGUUGAAACGUGGUCGAAAUCCUCCCUUCGAUGGCUGGGUGUCGGGUUGCAUUUCAUUACGGCGCUAGCCGCGUUUCUCGCGGCUUAUCGCAUGGUUUGCGAUUCGAAGGGACCGGUGCGUUCCAUUAUUGAAGCAAUCUCGAUGCUGACCGUGUUUGGCCUUCAGAUGUACUCCGCGCGUCACCGUGUGGAUCACGUUUUUCUGUUUUCGUUCUGGGCAGUGCGCCUGCUGGCGCUGACGAUGGAGCUCAGCGAUUGGUGGAACACUUACGACGUGCUCCAGAGCACGCUGGCCUUACUGUGGCUGGCCACGUGCAGCGUGCUGGCAGCGAAGAAUCGGUCGGUGCCCCACGAUACCCUGCCGGAACCGAAUCUCAUCCGGGAACUGUACUUCUCAUGGCUGGAUCCCAUGUACCGUGAGGCUCAGCGUAGUGACUCACCAUUCCACGCGGGAAAGCUUCACAAUCAAUUGCCGGACGACCGACGUUGCCGGGUACUUUUGGAGUGGUUCCGUCGACGGGCACCAAAACGACAGUACGCGGCCUUGAGUGAAAACGACGACGAAGAAGAAGGUGCCGAUCGAGGACUGACGAUCGCACAACUACUGGGCCCGUUCCGAAGGGAUAUCUGGAUCGCCGGCAUCAACCGCUUCGUUCUGAUCUCCUUCUACUUCCUUUGUCCGUACCUGUUGAGCGUGCUGCUGGAGGAAGACCAAUCACAGCGUAUCCAGAAGUGGGUAGUCGCCAGCAUGUUUUACACGUCGAUUGCCAUUGCAGUACUGAACACUCAAUACCAGCAUGCAACGCGCGACAUAGGGCUGCGCAUCAAAUCCGUCCUGAUGGGCAUGAUUUACGAAAGCAUGACCGACAAGGUGCCUCCCAGAGGAUCCAGCACUGUGAUGACCACUGACACGGGAGCGUUCAUCACACUGGUGCAGGACCUCCACAUGAUGUGGUCUGGCCCGCUAAUUAUCGUCGUUACGAUCAGUGCUCUCUGGCUAGUGAUAGGCCCUAGCGCUCUGGUCGGCGUCAUACAGAUGAUCUUAACGAUCGCCAUCACAAAGUGGCUCUCGAAGAAGCUGGCCUUGUUGCAGCGGGAAAUGAAGCGCUGUCAGGACGAUCGCGUCCGGCUUACAACCGAAGCGAUCGAACACGCCCAGCAAAUCAAAUCGGAACAACUCGAAUCUUGCUUCGAACAGCGUAUUGGCGAGCAUCGGACAAAUGAGUUGAGAUACUCGCUUCGCAGCAUAUGGUACGAGGCCACCAAGCAACUGCUCAGCAUCGUAACACCCAUUCUGGUGGCCUUCGAAACGUUCGUGUUCAUGGAGCUCGUCGGCAGCGGAUCCCUGCUUACGGUGCGAUCAAUGUUCGUGGCGAUCGCGCUCUUCAACCUCACGCGCUUCCCGAUGACCAUGAUACCGACCCUAUUCACCAGCUGGAACAGUGCCAAAGUAUCGCUGGAGCGCAUUAAUGUGUUUAUCCGCGCAGGAGUGCACGGAAUCGAAUCGGAGACAGCGGUCGAACCAGCGGGAUCGUCCCAGGAACGGUUCCGCAUGGUUUCGCAACAAAUCACUACGCUCAUCUCAACUCAAGUGCUGAAAUUGGAAAGCGCAAACUUUGCAAUCGGUGAUAAACAAAUAUUGCACAACAUUACACUCACAGUGCUUAGAGGGAGCUUCACUGCCGUCUACGGUACGCACGGCGCAGGGAAAACUUCUCUCCUCCGGGCGAUCCUUGGCACGAUCUCUCAAACAACCGGCAAACGUAUGGUGGGCCCAGGAAAUUUUUCAUACUGUGCCCAAACUCCCUGGAUCCAGAACGAUACCAUCCGCAACAACAUCCUGUUCGGUCAACCGUACAAUCGGCCCUGGUACGAGGAAGUCAUCGGUGCUUGCUGCCUUGAAAAGGAUUUAAGGACCUUCCCCGAUGGAGAUGAACGUGUGAUAGGCGAGGGAUCGCUUUCAGGUGGUCAGGCACAGCGCGUCUCGCUUGCCCGGGCCAUCUAUCACGAGGCCAAUGUUUACCUUUUCGACGAUCCGCUCCGAUCGCUCGAUAACAACAUUUCCCGGAAGGUCUUCCAACGGGUAUUUAAUCGGAAGACCGGUGUGUUGACAGACAAAACGAUAAUUUUCGUGUCCCACAACCUGGACCACCUGCGGGCCGCCGAUACGAUCGUUAAUGUAACCGAGGGACACAUCAAGCUGUUGGAAACAAGAGAAUUCGUGCAGCACUAUGCGCAAGAGGACGACGUAGAGUCAACGAACGAUUCGAAGGAAUCGUUGAAACGGAACAAAACAUUACACAAAUUGCUCAAACAACAGACGAAGCUCCGGAAGCCGUCUGAGAAACGAACUGAACACAACGUACAAGGAACUGUGCCUUUUAAGAUUUACCGUGAAUUUGGACGCCUGCUUGGUUGGUGUUGGAGUUGGGCAAUCAUUGCACUGGAAACUGCGGUGACCAUCCUGGACAUCUACGUCACUGUACUGCUAGCCGAAUGGGCUUCGACAGAACGCACGUCCGAGGAAUCGGAUCGGAAGAGUAUCGCGGCGAUAUGGUUCGUUGCCCUGAUCUUAACCGUUUGGUCGAUCUUGCUGUUUGUCAAGACUGGGAUGCUGCACGCUCGGGGUAGAUCAGUGGCCAAGCUCGUCCAUCGCAAAAUGCUCACCACCGUGCUGCGGCAACCGAUGGAGUUCUACGACAGCACCGAUUCCGGAGUGAUUGUGAAUCGCUUCUCGAACGAUCUGAACAUCUUGGACUCGUGGAUCAUCGUGAACUUGCGCUCAGUCCUGAGCACAUUGUUCAGCGUACUUGGCACACUGGGCCUGUUCGUGUACAAACUUAGCAGUGUCCAGAUUAUGUACACUUUUGUCACGCUAGCAGGUGUGGCAAUACUCAUGUGCGGUCUAUGUUACCUACUAAGUUACCACUUGCGCGUAGCGCGAACCUUAAAACGCUUCGAAGCUAGCUCGCGAUCGCCGAUCGUGCUGCAGUACAACGAAACAGUACAAGGCAUUGAUACGAUCAAGGCGUACGGAGCGGAAAGCCGCUUCCAUGAACAGUUUGUCGAGAAAGUGAACCGACAUCAAGGCUACGCCUACCAGAACCUUGCCGCCAGCCGGUGGAUCGGAAUACGGUUGGAGUUUGUCGGCGUAAUCAUAAUCUACUCGGUCACGCUAGUCACCGUAACGUUCCAGUCCAAGGUGGGCUUGGCGUUCGUUGGUAUCAUCGUGAGCUAUGUGCUGCGGCUGAUACCCUCGCUCAAUGCACUGCUGGUGUCGGUUGGUCAGUUCGUAGAAAACGUAAUAUCAGUCGAGCGUCUCUCACAGUAUUUGGAUCUUCCGUGUGAGCCCCUCGACGGAGGUCUACCAGUUCCGGGCGGAGGGCUUUCGCGGGGAUCCAUCGAAUAUCGUCACUUCUCGCUCACGCACGCCGACGGAUCGAAGGUCCUGGACGACAUAAACAUCUCGAUUCGUUCCGGUGAAAAGCUGGGAAUCAUCGGCCGGACAGGGGCCGGCAAGUCGAGUUUAAUCGGAGCACUGUUUCGGUUCUACCCGCGGCAAACGUCGGGAGCGAUACUGCUAGAUGGUGUCGAGUUGGACCAAAUUUCACUCAAAAGCCUUCGCAAUUCACUAACACUUGUUCCACAGAGCACCACCUUGUUCACGGGGCUGGUGCAAAGCUUCGUCGACCCACAGACGCAGAAUUCGAGUGAGAAAAUUAUUUCCACCCUAGUCCGUUGUGGUCUCAGGCACGUAACACUCGGGGCGGCUCUCGAGCAGCUGUCCGUUGGCGAGCGACAACUGCUGUGCCUGGUUCGAGGACUGCUACGGGACACACCGAUCAUCAUUUUGGAUGAGGCCACAUCGGCCGUGGACACUGCCGCAGAAGCCAGCAUUCUGCAAGUGAUUCGUGAACACUUUCACGACCGUACCGUGCUGAUGAUUGCCCAUCGGCUGCACACCGUCCAGGAUUGUGAUCGUAUCGUUUGGAUAGAGGACGGCAGAAUCAAGAAACUGGCGGUGUCUGGCGACUACACCGACGGCGACUGGAGUGCGCUACAAUCGGGCGAAUAG